AUGGGUGGUGUGAUAUCUUUACCCUUGAUGCCAGUGACGUCGCUUGCGUCGUGUUUUGGGGCUGCUGCGUGUUCUGCUUUUUGUACCUCUAUUGGAGGCACAUUCAGGUCAUCUAUAAUGACUAGAAUUACAUAUGCUAUAAUAUUGCUAGUCAACUCGCUAUUGUCAUGGAUAGCGCUAUCACCAUUUAUUAUACACAAACUCGAGAAAGCAACUUUUGGAUUUAUAAAUAACAAGUGUGGUCCAGAUGGAAGCCAGUGUAUAAGCUUUACCUCGGUGCACAGAAUCAAUUUUGCUCUUGGCUCAUUACAUCUAAUACUAGCUGGAUUACUAGUUGAUGUCAAGUCAACAAGCAAUCCUCGAGCUAUUAUUCAGAAUGGUUGCUGGAAGAUGAAAAUCUUUGCGUGGUUGACCUUUGUGAUUAUCAAUUUUAUCCUUAUUCCAGAUGAGUUUUUUGUCUUUUAUGGGAACCAUAUUGCCAUUAUCUUUUCCACGAUAUUUUUGGGCAUAGGCUUGAUAUUAUUGGUUGACUUUGCACAUGCUUGGGCCGAGAAAUGCUUGGAGAAGAUAGAGAUGCAAGAGUUGACUGGGGAGGGAGACGCGGGGUUUUGGAAAAAAUUGUUGAUUGGAGGCACUUUGACCAUGUAUGUUACUAGUUUGGUUUUAACCAUCGUUAUGUACUGGUUUUUUGCUGGAAGUGGUUGUUCAAUGAACAAGACAGCAAUUAGUUUGAAUUUGGUAUUUGCUGUAAUCAUAUCGGGAUUAUCCAUUCACAAUACUGUUCAAGAGUAUAAUCCUCAUGCUGGAUUAGCGCAAUCGUCGAUGGUGGUGUUUUAUUGCACCUAUUUGGUAAUGAGCGCUGUAUCUUCAGAACCCGACGACAAGUUUUGCAACCCGCUAAUAAGGUCUAAGGGAACAAGAACCGCAAGUGUGAUUUUGGGUGCGUUCUUUACAUUCAUUGCCAUUGCGUAUACUACAACUAGGGCGGCUGCCAACUCGGCAUUUAGCUCAGAGAGAGCACAAGCACAAGAACUCACGGGUAGUAAUGUAACAACAGGCUCUGUUGAACCGACUGUUCGAAACGAGAUGAGAUAUCAAGCUAUUAAGCAAGCAGUGCAGGAAGGGUCGCUUCCUGAAAGCGCACUAAAUCAACAGGACUUGUACGAAGACGAUGGGGACAAUGACGACGAAGAAAAAACAAGUGUUCAAUACAACUAUUCGCUAUUCCAUAUAAUAUUUUUUUUAGCUACACAGUAUGUGGCAACAUUAUUGACAAUCAAUGUUAAGCAGGACGAUUACGGUGACUUUGUGCCCGUUGGGAGAACUUAUUUUGCAAGUUGGGUUAAAAUCGUUAGCUCCUGGAGAACAAGAGUCGGAGAUCUUAAGGUCAUGUCAGCUAUAGUAUCGAAAGCUACCGGAAUGGUAAGCUCGUUAAUAACGAAAUCAGGCGAGUUAGUUAACUGUGCAAUUUAUUGGACAAAAGUUGGAGCAGACUUGUCAAAGAUUGUUAUUGAAAAAGAAGGUUUUGCUCCACCAACUGUUAAACAGUUUGAAGCCGUUUAUCAGAAUGCCUUCAAGUUUCUUAAAUCGCCACAAGAACAACAGAAAUUUUUACAAAAGGCCAAGGACUUUAGGCCAGAUGCCAAAACUGCGGUUCAAUAUAGUGCUUAUGGUAUACAAAUAGCUGGGUUUUUCACUGUUGGUGAGAUUAUUGGAAGAAGACAGCUUUUUGGGUAUCCAAAAGUAGGAAACGAACAUCAUUAA